AUGCGUUACAGAGAGAGAGAGAGAGAGAGAAGAGAGAGAGAGAGGCGUGUAUGGAGGCGCAUAAAGAGAGACAAGAGCAGCUGGAGAGAGAAGACAGGGCAGGGACGAAGAAACAGAGCGCGCAGAAGUUCGAGGCCGAACGACGCCGGUGAUCCGACGGCCAAGGCUAGGGAGGUGAUCCGAGAAUCGCUCAUCACGGGAAACGGAGACGGAACUGAGAAAGAGAACCAUGAGGGCGCAGCAAGAGACCCAGACGACGUCCUUGCCUUCUCCAGAACGGAUAAACCAUCAACUUGA